AUGACCACAACUCAGUUUUCUCUCUCAUUUUUGUUAGCAGUAUUCUUUCUCCUAUUGACCACCACUGCAAUUGCAAGUAGAACCACUAAGUCACUCUCAUUCUCCUCCGCUUCCAACGGCCGUGGCUCCACCACCACCACCACUGUGCUACACCCCACCGAAUUGGUCUCCGGUGUCUGCAACCAAACCUCCAAUUACUCCUUCUGCGUCCAGUCUCUCUACGCCGAUCCUCGAACGCCACGCGCCGACAGCUACGGCCUCGCGUUCGUCGUGUUCGGCAUGUCCUACCUUAAUGCCAGCUCCACCCAAGAUCUGAUCGUCAACCUCUCCAAGAACGCCCAGCGCGGCGGCGGCGGCGGAAGCGGUCAAAACCAAUCGCUGCUUCUCACGCGCCUCCAGAGAUGUAGCCGGGACUAUAAGAAAGCGGUGUCGGCGCUUGAGAUGGCUUAUAAUGAUCUAAACUCGGAGACCUUCUUUGAGCUUGCUGACAUGGCACGUGUAGCCGCCAGCUCAGCCGAGGAUUGCCAAUCUGGCUUCGAGAAAACUCGUAAUUCGCCGUUGACGGCAAGGAAUCGUGAGUUAAAAGGUCUUUGUGAAAUUUGUGUUGUUGUCUCAAAAUUGUUCACUGGCGGAGAUUGA